AUUCGAAACCAAACAGAGACAAGCCUGUUUUCUUCCCUUCCAUCAUCUGUCUCUUCAACUCGUGACAGCUGAUUCAGGGCCAAAAAUGAGUCAAGAAUCUUUCAUUUACAGCUUCGUGGCUCGAGGCACGAUGAUCUUGGCCGAAUACACAGAGUUCACCGGCAAUUUUCCGGCAAUUGCAGCACAGUGUUUGCAGAAACUGCCUUCCUCAAACAACAACAAGUUCACUUACAAUUGCGAUCACCAUACCUUCAACUUUCUUGUUGAAGAUGGUUACUCUUACUGUGUUGUUGCCAAAGAUACUGUCAGCAAGCAAGUUUCCAUUGCCUUUUUGGAACGCAUGAAAGCAGACUUUAUGAAAAGAUAUGGGGGUGGAAAGGCAGAUACGGCUACUGCCAAAAGUCUCAAUAAGGAGUUUGGGCCAAUUAUGAAAGAGCACAUGAAGUACAUUAUUGAACAUGCUGAAGAGAUUGAAAAGCUUUUAAAGGUGAAGGCUCAAGUUUCAGAAGUUAAAAGUAUAAUGUUGGAGAACAUUGACAAGGCAAUUGAGAGGGGGGAAAAUCUGACGACACUAGCUGACAAGACAGAAAAUUUGCGUAAUCAGGCCCAAGAAUACAGGAAACAAGGGACACAAAUUCGCCGGAAGAUGUGGUAUCAAAACAUGAAGAUAAAGUUGAUUGUUCUUGGAAUCUUGUUAAUUCUAGUCCUGAUAAUCUGGCUCUCCAUAUGUCAUGGAUUCGAUUGCACCAACUAGCAAUUCUUCUACUCAUGGAGCACUAAAGUUUCUGCAGUAUACAACAGUUGAGCUUUUUCAACAACUUAUAUUCAGCAUGAGCCUUGAAGUUUCUUACCAUCUCCUUCAGUCCAUUGAACCAGAGUCAUUGACUAAAGGACUGUUAUUUUAACACGAACAGAGAGAUGUCGAGAUGGAGACUGUACUAUGUUUUUUUUUUUUUUUUUUUGGGUUAGUAAAUCUUGUACAAAAAU